CGCAUAUCCAGUUCCUUUUACUUCCCUUUGGCUCCGUCCUGGUUGAUGGGGAUUCAUCUUCAAGCACUUGCGGACUCGACCUACCUGGUUUUCUGACCCAAUCUCCCUGCUUCUUCCAGCCAUUUCUCCACCAAUCACCCACUUCUACCCAUUCCAACGGUCGGGCUCUUCGAUUCACUUGGACAACAUGGCUACGAAUUCGAUUAAACUUUUGACUGGUAACAGUCACCCCGAGCUUGCCCAGCUCGUGGCUGAUAGGCUUGGCAUCGAGUUGACCAAGAUUAUGGUCCUCCAGUACUCGAACCAGGAAACCAGCGUCACCAUUGGCGAGAGUGUACGAGACGAGGAUGUUUUCAUUCUGCAGUCCACCCGCCCCAACGACAUCAACGACGGCCUGAUGGAGCUGCUCAUCAUGAUCAACGCCUGCAAGACCGCCUCCGCACGACGCAUCACCGCUGUCAUCCCCAACUUCCCCUACGCCCGACAGGACAAGAAGGAUAAGAGCCGCGCGCCCAUCACCGCGAGACUCAUGGCCAACAUGCUCCAGACCGCGGGCUGCAACCAUGUCAUCACCAUGGACCUCCACGCCAGUCAGAUCCAGGGCUUCUUCAACGUCCCCGUUGACAACCUUUAUGCCGAGCCCAGCAUGCUGAAGUGGAUCCGGGAGAACCUGGACGUGAACAACUGCGUCAUUGUCAGCCCCGACGCUGGUGGCGCCAAGCGUGCCACUGGUAUCGCCGACCGUCUCGAUCUCCAGUUCGCUCUGAUCCACAAGGAGCGCCAGCGCCCCAACGAAGUCUCGCGCAUGGUCCUUGUGGGUAACGUGAAGGACAAGGUCGCCAUCAUCGUCGACGACAUGGCCGACACCUGCGGUACCCUCGGCAAGGCGGCUGCCACUGUGAUGGAGCACGGCGCCAAGGAGGUCAACGCCAUCGUUGUGCACGGUAUCCUUUCCGGCAAUGCCAUCGCCAACAUCAACAACAGCUGCCUGAGCCGCGUCGUCGUCACCAACACCGUUCCUCACCAGGAGAAGAAGGAAGCUUGCCCCAAGAUCGAGACCAUCGACGUCAGCCCCACACUUGCCGAGGCUUGCAGACGUACGCACAACGGCGAGUCCGUCAGCUUCCUUUUCUCUCACGCUGUGGCUUAAGCUGGGAAGCUCUUUUUUUUUUUUCUUUGAAACGGUGUAUACGAUGGACGGAAAGAGGAAAUAGAAGAGAACAAACAAACAGAACGCAGGACGAACGGUCCCGGGAAUCAGGAACAAAGAGGUUGUCUGUAAUCGAGGAAACAGUCUCGACUUGCUACAUCUUUUCCCAUCUUUCUUCUUCUGCCAGAUC